CCAUCUCCUUCCUCCCCCCACAAAAACAUUUCUCCCCCUUCGGCUGCUGCUGCCGCUGCCUCCCCCUUUCCGCCUGCCUUCCCCCCUUUCCCCCUCCCUCCUUCUAGGGUUUCCCCCGCCGCCGCCGCCGCCCGAUCCGAGGCAGAUGCCGCCCGCAGCCAUGGCGCCGCCGCCGCCGCCCCAGGCCUCGUCCAACUCAGGGGAUCCGCUCUACCCGGAGCUCUGGCGCGCCUGCGCCGGCCCGCUCGUCACCGUCCCGCGCCCCGGUGACCUCGUCUUCUACUUCCCGCAGGGCCACAUCGAGCAGGUGGAGGCGUCCAUGAACCAGGUCGCCGGAAACCAGAUGCGCCUCUACGAUCUGCCCUCCAAGCUGCUCUGCCGCGUGCUCAACGUCGAGCUCAAGGCGGAGACGGAGACCGACGAGGUCUACGCGCAGAUCAUGCUCAUGCCGGAGCCCGAGCAAAACGAGGCGGCGGCUGAGAAGGCGAGUUCUGGGUCUCCCGCCACGCCGAGGCCAGCCGUCAGGUCCUUCUGCAAGACUCUCACCGCGUCCGACACCAGCACACACGGUGGCUUCUCUGUGCUGCGCCGCCACGCCGACGAGUGCCUCCCUCUCCUGGAUAUGACCCAGUCACCUCCGACACAAGAGCUUGUGGCGAAGGAUCUGCAUGGCAUGGAGUGGCGCUUCCGGCACAUCUUUCGUGGGCAACCCCGGAGGCAUCUCCUCCAGAGUGGCUGGAGUGUGUUUGUUAGUUCUAAAAGGCUUGUUGCUGGGGACGCCUUCAUUUUCCUCAGAGGAGAAAAUGGUGAACUUCGAGUUGGUGUUAGGCGGGCUAUGAGGCAGUUGUCUAACGUACCUUCUUCAGUCAUAUCUAGCCAAAGCAUGCACCUCGGAGUCCUUGCAACUGCAUGGCAUGCCAUCAACACUAAAUCCAUGUUCACUGUGUACUACAAACCUAGGACAAGUCCCUCAGAGUUCAUCAUACCAUAUGAUCAGUAUAUGGAGUCAUUAAAGCACAAUUAUUCUAUUGGGAUGAGAUUCAGGAUGCGGUUUGAAGGGGAAGAGGCACCGGAGCAGAGGUUUACUGGUACUAUAGUUGGGUGUGAAAAUCUUGACCCGUUAUGGCCUGAUUCCAGUUGGAGAUACUUGAAGGUGCGCUGGGAUGAGCCUUCAACUAUCCCACGCCCAGAUAGGGUAUCUCCGUGGAAGAUAGAGCCUGCUUCAUCACCUCCUGUUAAUCCCGUUCCACUUUCUUCUAGAGUCAAGAGACCUAGACAAGCUCCUCCACCUUCACCUGAAUCAUCAGUCCUUACAAAAGAAGGUGCAACUAAGAUUGAUAUCAGUUCUGCUCAAACACAACAACAUCAAAACUCGGUCUUGCAAGGUCAAGAGCAGAUGACCUUGAGGAACAACAUGACUGAAAGUACUGACUCUGAUGCCACUGUUCAGAAGCCUAUGAUGUGGUCGCCAUCGCCCAAUGGGAAAACCCACACUAGUUUUCAGCAGAGACCCUCUAUGGAUAAUUGGAUGCCACUGGGAAGGCGUGAAACUGACUUCAAGGACACCCGUUCGGCUUUCAAGGAUGCCCGUACCUCCUCUCAAUCAUUUGGAGAUACCCAGGGGUUCUUUAUGCCAACUUUUGAUGAGAAUCAUCACCGUCUUUCUUUCAACAAUCAGUUUCAAGACCAAGGCUCAGCUCAUCGCUUUGCGGACCCCUACUUCUAUAUGCCUCAACAACCUUCUCUGACUGUUGAAUCAAGUACAAGGACGCAAACCGCAAACAACGAGUUGCGUUUCUGGAGCGACCAGAAUACGGUUUAUGGUAAUACAAGUGAUCAACAGCAGGGUUUCAGAUUUGCACAAAACUCAUCAAGUUGGUUAAAUCAGCCAUUCACCCAAGCUGAACAGCCACGAGUGGUCAGACCUCAUGCAACAGUUGCUCCAUUUGAUCUAGAGAAGGCAAGAGAAGGCAGCGGGUUUAAGAUUUUCGGGUUCAAAGUUGAUACCGCCAGUGCAUCUCCUAUUCAGUUGAGCUCUCCGAUGUCUGCAAUGCGGGAGCAUGUCGUACAAACUCAACCAUCAGCAUCAGGGAGUGAAUUGCAACCCGUGCAAACUGAGUGCUUACCUGAGGGGUCUGUAAGCACAGCUGGAACAGCAACUGAGAACGAGAAAAGCAUUCAGCAAGCUCCACAAAGUUCAAAAGAUAUUCAGAGCAAGUCCCAGGGUGCUUCAACAAGGAGUUGUACAAAGGUUCAUAAGCAAGGAGUUGCACUUGGCAGAUCCGUGGACCUCUCUAAGUUCAGUGACUAUGAUGAGCUCAAAGCAGAACUAGACAAAAUGUUUGAAUUUGAGGGUGAAUUGGUAUCUGCUAACAAGAACUGGCAGAUUGUUUAUACUGACAAUGAGGGUGAUAUGAUGCUUGUGGGAGAUGACCCGUGGGAUGAAUUCUGCAGCAUAGUGCGCAAGAUCUACAUUUACACAAAAGAGGAGGUCCAGAAGAUGAACUCGAAAUCAUCUGCCCCGAGAAAGGAAGAACCUCUAGCAUCUGGUGAAUUAUGUGUGGCCACAAAUGAGUAGGACUUGUCUACCUGCGGCAAGCAGUUUAGAUAACUAGGUCGUGUGAAGGAAGCUGACGAUGCAUGACGAGGAGGGUCCCCGCCAAGUAACACCUCAAAUCUUUUGCUUGUCUGUUGAAACCCAUCCCAUCCGUUUGGGUUUAGUAGGCAGUGUAGACCUGUCCAUUUACUCCCCCCCGGUUUGCUCCUGGCAGAAUGUUUAAGCGCCAAGGUUAUCAUUAUCGUUAUUGCUGAUUUGCUCGCCCCCUUUGGAUGUAAAUAUUUAUCGAUCCAGUCCAGUAGUAGCAAGCGGUAGCAAGUACCUUGUAUUAACCAGCUAUUUGCGGCUUUUAAUCCCUGUAAGCUAGCUCUGUAGCGUGAGAUAAAUGGCAAACACUGGUAUAUGUAUGUCUGAUCUUCUCACUGAAUGUAUUAUAAGAGUUAUAGAGGACC